AUGUUAAAGAACAGCAUUGUAUGGUGUCACGGGCAGACGAUUGUUGAACUGUGUCAGUCAGCCCUGGAGGUUGACUGCGAGACUGGGUACCAGGAACAGGGUAACGAGACUCUAUGUGCCUCUGACGGCAGGACGUAUAGAAACCAGUGUUACUUCGUUAAACAAAAAUGCGUCGUAGCCGACCUCACCAUCUCGUAUCUGGGCCCGUGUGAGACGACGUCGAACCUGACGACGGCGGCGCCCGUCACGACGACUAUGGACCCCCUGGACGAGUGGCAGAUUCUCAAGCGAGUGUUCUGUACCAGCAAUUCCACCAUUUCGUGCGGCACCCAGCCCAAUCCUAUCUGUGGAUCAAACAGACAAAUCUACUUCAACGACUGUAUGUUUGCUAAAGCAAAAUGUCAGGACGACUUACUCUCCGUCUUACCUGUGAACCAGUGUUCGGGAAUCAUCGGCCGCCGCCGGAAACGAUCGACUUUGAUGGAACUGGUGUUAGGCAAUAAGUGAGAAGCAUGUGCACAAACAAUUAAAAACAAUGUAUAUAUGGAAGAAUGCGCAAAGACAACGCCUGAAGGAUGUAUAUAGGAAAGAAUCUCACUUCAAACUUUGUGUUAGUCCAGUUUAAAAUUUUGCCCUAACAAAAAGAAAAGACAUUAUGGUAGGCGCGUGCAGGAAUUUAUACAGGGUGUUCUAGACUAUGGCGAGCGAAGAUGCGAGAGGGGCGGCUUGAGUUAU